AUGGACAGCCAGACAGACAAAAUGGACAAACAAUAUGCCCCCGAUGUUUCAGAGGCGGAUCCCCUCUCCCCCAUUUAUAACAAUGAUCGAGAUUAUAUUUGCUCUUAUUGUGCUAAAUCACCAAACUCAUGUUAUUCCUCAGAGUGUGUCUCACAAACAUUUGUUCUUGGCAGUUGUGAAUUCGGUGUGGCAAAAUGUAAAGACCCUUCGCUGGAUAUCGCCUCCCUUGGUCAUUGUGAAAAUGGUCAAACAACGGUGACAACAACGAUAUCGUCAACGACAGUGACAACAACGAUAUCGUCACCACCAACAACAACGAUGUCGUCACCACCAACAACAACGAUGUCGACAACAACGAUGACCACGACACCGACCACAACUGCGACCAAACCUCCCCAAACUCGCCCACCCUCAAACAAUCCUACCACCAUGGGACCUGAACACGACUUGUUUUGCGAUAACAAGGAUGCCAUACAGUGUCCUAGUACUGUAGAUUACGUGUGUGCAAGUGAUGGCGUCCUUUACAAAAACAGUUGUGAGUUUACUAAAGCCAGCUGCAGUAAUGGUAAUCUAAUAAUGCAAAGUAUGUCUUCUUGUGCAACAACAACAACAGGCAAACCCACCACCUUGGACCCCACCCAGCAAUUAUUCUGUGAUAACAAAGAUUUCAUCACGUGUCCUUCUGUAAUCAAUCACGUGUGUGCUAGUAAUGGUGUCGUGUACAAUAAUGAGUGA